AUAAUCAAACCAUACCUGAUAUUACUCUAUUAGUCACUCUCACUCACUCUCUUUUAACUCAUUUUCUCACUUCAAGAUAACAAGCAAACAAUACAGACUCUCUCAUUGGUUUACUUCUCUUCAAUGGCUAUAACAAACCAGAUUGCAUUACUGUUUUCUCUUUUGUUCUUGAUAUGCAUUCAAAACUCAGCUUCAGUUUCAACUGAGUCAGAUGUUCUUCUCAGUUUUAAGGACUCCAUUGAUGACCCUUUAGGCUUGUUAGUAUCUUGGUCAAAUUCUACAACAAACCAUCACUGUAACUGGACUGGAGUUACUUGUAUAGCUACUAAAGAUGUUUUAUCUGUUUCUUCUUUGAAUCUUCAGAGUUUGAACCUCUCUGGUGAAAUCUCUGCUACUAUAUGUGACCUUCCAAAUCUUUUUCAUCUUAAUCUUGCUGACAAUCUUUUUAAUCAGCCCAUUCCACUUCAUCUCUCACAGUGUGGUUCUUUAGAGACUUUGAAUCUUAGCAACAAUCUCAUCUGGGGUACAAUACCAAAUCAGAUAUCUCAGUUUGAAUCACUGAGAGUUCUUGAUUUUAGUCGAAACCAUGUUGAAGGAAUGAUACCAGGCAACAUUGGUUUACUUCAGAGACUUAGAGUUCUUAACUUGAGGAACAACUUGCUUUCAGGUAAUGUCCCUUCUGGUAUUAGUAAUUUGACUGAGCUUACUAUUCUUGAUUUGUCUGAAAAUCCAUUCUUGGUAAGUGAGAUUCCAAGUGGUAUUGGUAAGUUACUUAAACUUGAGCAGCUUCUGUUACAAAGUUCUGGUUUUCAUGGAGCAAUACCAGAUUCUUUUAUGGAUUUGAAGAGUCUGUCGACACUAGACCUUUCACAAAACAACCUUACUGGUGUGUUACCACAGUCACUUGAGUUGGUGUCCCUUAGAAAGUUGGUUUCUUUUGAUGUUUCUGAGAACAAGCUUUUUGGGUCAUUUCCAAAUGGUGUUUGUGAUGCUAAAGGCCUUACAACCCUCAGUCUUCAUACUAAUUCCUUCACGGGUUUAGUACCUGAUAGUUCUAUUACUGGCUGCUUGAAUCUCGAGAGAUUUGAGAUACAGGACAAUGGGUUCUCAGGUGAUUUUCCUGAUGGGAUAUGGUCAUUGCCUAAAAUCAGGCUGAUCAGAGCUGAAAACAACAGGUUUACAGGGAAAAUUCCUGAGUCGAUAUCCAUGGCAAAGCAACUGGAGCAAGUUCAGAUAGAUAACAACACCUUCAUCAGUAAACUACCUCUGGGCCUUGGACAGGUUAAAAGCUUGUAUAAAUUUUCUGCUUCUGUUAAUGGUUUGUAUGGUGAAAUUCCUAAUAAUUUCUGUGAUUCACUUGUAAUGAGUAUCAUAAAUCUUUCCCAUAACUACCUUACUGGUCCAAUUCCAGAACUGAAAAGAUGCAGAAAACUUGUCUCGUUUUCAUUAGCAGACAACAAUUUAGUUGGUGAAAUUCCACAUUCACUUGCUGCAUUCCCAGUCCUUACCUAUCUUGAUCUUUCUCAAAAUAAUCUCACUGGUUCUAUCCCAAAAGAACUUCAAAAUUUGAAACUUGCCCUCUUUAAUGUAUCCUUCAAUGACCUAUCUGGCGAGGUUCCUCAGUCGCUUAUAACUGGCCUUCCAGCUUCAUUUUUGCAAGGCAAUCCAGGAUUGUGCGGCCAAGGGUUGCCUAAUUCUUGUGGAGGUACCAAGUCUAAACAUGAAGUUGCUGGUCUAUCGAAACUGGUUUCUGUUAUAAUAUCUUUAGCACUGUCUCUUGCUAUAGUUAUUCUUGCAGUUGGUGUUUAUAUUACGUAUCGAUCUUCUAAGAAAAGUACUCAAAUGGGGGUUUGGAGAUCAGUUUUCUUCUAUUCACUUAGAGUCACUGAGCAGGACUUGUUAGUAGCAAUGGAUGACAAAGCUGCGAGAGGGAGCGGUGGGGCUUUUGGUAAGGUUUACAUCAUAAAUUUGCCUAGUGGAGAAAAUGUUGCUGUGAAGAAGAUACUUAACUUCGAAAGUCAAUCUCUGAAAACUUUGAAGGCUGAGGUCAAGACACUGGCUAAAAUCAGGAACAAAAACAUUGCUAAAAUCCUUGGUUUUUGUUAUUCAUCUGAUGCACUCAUCCUAAUCUAUGAACAUUUACAGAAAGGGAGUCUCGGGGAUAUGAUUGCCCAGCCUGAUUUCAAAUUGCCAUGGGAUGAUCGAUUAAGAAUUGCAACUGGGGUUGCUCAAGGAUUAGCCUACCUUCACCAGGACUAUGUUCCGCACUUGCUUCACAGAAAUGUCAAGUCUACAAAUGUCCUUCUGGAUGAAAAUAAUGAACCUAAGCUUACCGGCUUUGCUCUUGAUAGGAUUGUGGGAGAAGCUGCAUUUCAGUCCUCAGUCCUAUCUGCAUCGUCAGGAUCCUGUUACAUUGCACCAGAAAGUGGAUAUUGCAAAAAAGCUACAGAGCAAAUGGACACAUACAGCUUUGGUGUAAUGCUGUUAGAGCUGGUGACAGGCAGGGGAGCUGAUGAGCAUAUAGAAUCAGGGGACGGAGAGUUUCUGGACAUUGUCAAGUAUGUGAGAAGGAAAAUCAACAUAACUAAUGGGGCAAUCCAAGUAGUUGAUCCCAAGAUCUCAAACUCAUCGUCCCAACAAACAAUAUUACAAGCUCUAGAUAUUGCGGUCAGAUGCACUUCUGUGGCACCAGAGAAGAGGCCACCAAUGUGUGAGGUUGUGAGAGCUCUGCAGAGUCUCUGAUUCCACUUGUCGCCUUUCAUAUAUAGUGUUCCUGCUUCGCUUCAAGUGUCUGAUAUUAUCCAUGUUCAACUUUUGGGCAAUGAGUAUGAAUUGUUGCACUUUGUACAUACACCUUGUUUCCUCAUUUUGGUUCUAGAAUAGAAUGUGUUUUGGGCUUGGGGUGAAAAUAUGAACAUGUGGUAAAAUUUUGUGUCCGCUUUGGCUUGGGACGAAAAAAUGAACAUGCAGAAGAGUCAUAAUGUGUUUGGAAAUGUCUCUUUGUUCCCUCUGCAUAUAUUUUAAGGUGAAAUCAUAUUAAUUCCUGUGUUUUUUUUUUCA